GGAGGAAGAGGAGGAGGAAGAAGAGGCUGAAUCGUGGCGAGGACGCAAGAGCGAGAGAGAGGGUCUGGUGAACUUGGAGGAGGAGGAGGAGGAGGCAGCAGCUGUGCAUUUCACGGAGGAGGAGUGGAUCUCCUGGAUCCGGGCCAAAGUGCUCCGCGCAGGGAAGCCAUGGAGGAGAAUUAUGAGAUUGGAGCCUCUUUCAGAUACAUCUGGGGAGUCAAGGCUGAGGGAGAACCAUCUGAAAUAUCACUGGAAAAAGCUGAGGAGCAGAUGCAGGAGCAGAAACUGAGGAGUCAAGAUGGAGCAAAGAGACAAGAAGAGCGACAGACGGACACAGGGGAAAAACCUCAUAAAUGCUUGGAAUGUGGAAAGAGCUUUAGUCAGAGUGGCCACCUUACUUCGCAUCAAAGAACUCACACAGGGGACAAACCUUAUAAAUGCUUGGAAUGUGGAAAGAGCUUUAGUCAGAGUGGCCACCUUACUUCGCAUCAAAGAAGUCACACAGGAGAGAAACCUUACAAAUGUUUGGAGUGUGGAAAGAGCUUCAGUGACAGUAGCACCCUUAGUAAACAUGAAAGAAUUCACACAGGGGACAAACCUUAUCAAUGCUUUGAGUGUGGAAAGAGCUUCAGUCAGAGUAGCAGCCUUACUUCGCAUCAAAGAAUUCACACGGGAGACAAACCUUAUAAAUGCUUAGAGUGUGGAAAGAGCUUCAGUGACAGUAGUGUCUUUAGUAAACAUAAAAGAACUCACACAGGGGACAAACCUCAUAAAUGCUUGGAAUGUGGGAAGAGCUUCAGUCGGAGUGACAACCUUACUUCGCAUCAAAGAACUCACACGGGAGACAAACCUUAUAAAUGCUUGGAGUGUGGAAAGAGCUUCAGUGACAGUAGUGUCUUUAGUAAACAUAAAAGAAGUCACACAGGGGACAAACCUCAUAAACGCUUGGAGUGUGGAAAGAGCUUCAGUCAGAGUGACAGCCUUACUUCACAUCAAAGAACUCACACGGGAGACAAACCUUAUAAAUGCUUCGAGUGUGGAAGGAGCUUCAGUGACAGUAGUGUCUUUAGUAAACAUAAAAGAACUCACACAGGGGACAAACCUUAUGAAUGCUUGGAGUGUGGAAAAAGCUUCAGUCUGAGUAGCUACCUUAUUAGGCAUCACAAAACUCAUACAGGGGACAAACCUUAUGAAUGCUUGGAAUGUGGAAAGAGCUUUAGUCGGAGUGAUAGCCUUACUUCGCAUCAAAGAACUCACACAGGAGACAAACCUUAUAAAUGCUUUGAGUGUGGAAAGAGCUUCAGUCAGAGUAGCGCCCUUACUUCGCAUCAAAGAAUUCACACAGGGGAAAAACCUCAUAAAUGCUUGGAAUGUGGAAAGAGCUUCAGUCAGAGUAGCCACCUUAUUUUGCAUCACAAAACUCACACAAGAGACAAACCUUAUAAAUGCUUCGAGUGUGGAAAGAGCUUCAGUCGGAGUGACCACCUUACUUCGCAUCAAAGAACUCACACAGGGGACAAACCUUAUAAAUGCCUGGAGUGUGGAAAGACCUUCAGUCGGGGUGGAAACCUUACUUUGCAUCAAAGAAGUCACACAGGGGACAAACCUUAUAAAUGCCUGGAGUGUGGAAAGACCUUCAGUUGAGGUGACCAACUUACUUCGCAUCACAGAUCUCACACAUAGGACAAACGUUAUAAAUGUUUGGAGUGUGGAAAGAGCUUCAGUCGGAGUAGCCACCUUACUAGGCAUCACAGAUGUCACACAGGAGACAAACCUUAUACAUGCUUCGAGUGUGGAAAGAGCUUCAGUGACAGUAGUGCCUUUAGUAAACAUAAAAGAACUCACACAGGGGACAAACCUCAUAAAUGCUUGGAGUGUGGAAAGACCUUCAGUCAGUGUGGAAACCUUACUUUGCAUCAAAGAACUCACACAGGGGACAAACCUUAUAAAUGCCUGGAUUGUGGAAAGACCUUCAGUCGGGGUCACCAACUUACUUCGCAUCACAGAUCUCACACAGAGGACAAACCUUAUAAAUGUUUGGAGUGUGGAAAGACCUUCAGGUGGAGUAGCUCCUUUACACAACAUCAAAGAACUCACAAGGGACCAAUGUUAUCGAUGCUUGGAGUGUGGAAAGAGAUUCAGUCAGAGUAGCUACCUUACUUCUCAUCAAAGAAGUGUUACGAUUGCUUGGCUAACCCCAUUUUGGUUCAAGUGGAACCCAGGAGGUGCAAGGCCAGGAACUAUAACUCCCACCCCCACCUCUCACACCCCUGCCCCGCUGGUAUGGCUGGUUAUGAGUUCCACAGGUGUUGUGCGAAGAACAACAAGGGCAGCGUUAAGAAACAGAAUUAACCAAAAGCUACGGCAUAAAUGUUAUCUUCUUCUUUGGCAGACUUCCCUCACUCACCGUAGAAUCCUCCAUUGUUCAUUCUAAGGAGCCUUAGUUUUUCAGGGUCAGUAAGAAACUCUCAUGCAGGCACACACACACACACAAGAUCAGCAGAUUCCCAGUCCCCUCCUUUGCUGGAGGGGGAGAGUGGAAAAAGUCUUUUAAAAAUGAGGCUUGAAUCUAGAGAGAGAAGGAGAAGGGGGGCCAGAGAGAUCAGAGCUCCAACCUGUGUGCUACGCUCUCAAGGAAUGCAUGGAGGGACUGCAGGGACAGAACCGGGGAGACUCUGGGUCUUGGUGCAAACCCUGGAGACCAAGAGAUUCCUUCCUGGUUUUGGAUCAGAGCUCUUCCACAUAGCUUCAGCUGUAUUCAGCCGCCCACUCAGGGCCUAGGAGAGGUAAUCAUUCCUACUUUUAAUAGGAAUAGGGUCCUUUAAUCUCUUUAGUUUAAAGUUAUGAAUGGGUUAGGAUAUCAAUGAUUAAUGCUGCCACGCACCCAAGUAAUUCUGUAAUGGCUACUAGCCAAGAUGGCUGUGCUCUGCCACCCUAGUCAGAGGCAGUAUGCUUCUGAAAACCAGUUGCUGGAAGCCUCAGGAGGGGAGAGUGUUCUUGCACUCGGGUCCUGCUUGCGGGCUUCCCCCAGGCACCUGGUUGGCCACUGUGAGAACAGGAUGCUGGACUAGAUGGGCCACUGGCCUGAUCCAGCAGGCUCUUCUUAUGUUCUUAUGUUCUUAUUAACCAGUUGCCGGAAGCCUCAGGAGGGGAGAGUGUUCUUGCACUCGGGUCCUGCUUGCGGGCUUCCCCCAGGCACCUGGUUGGCCACUGUGAGAACAGGAUGCUGGACUAGAUGGGCCACUGGCCUGAUCCAGCAGGCUCUUAUGUUCUUAUGUAACACUGUUCUACUCUUUUUCUCAAUAAAAUC